UUACACACAGAUCUUACUUUUGAAUUCAUUCUCCUGGUCAUUCAGUGCUUUUCCUUGCCUAAGAAAUUCAUAACUUGCCAAAGAUAGAAUCAGAAAGCUCUCUCUCUGUUUUUUCUCCCUUUCAUACUGUGGGGAUUGCUACAAUCCAAAAGUUAAUUUCUCUCUGGUCACUUCUGAGUUCCACCCAGCAAAAAAAAAGAAGAAAAGAAAUGACACUUAUGAACUGCUCCCUUCAAAACAGCUUGGUUGAGAUCUCUAUAGCCACUCUGAUGAUUCUGGAAUUUGCAUUGGGAUUGCUGGGCAAUGCAAUGGCUCUAUGGUCUUUUACUUCUCACUUAAAGGUAUGGAAACCCUAUGCAGUCUACUUGUUCAACCUGGUCAUUGCGGAUCUCUUGUUGUCUGUGUGCCUACCAUUCCAAAUCAUCUUCUAUCUCAUGCACAAGAAAUGGGAACUGGGAAGGGUAGGUUGCCGUAUCCUGACCUUCCUGUUGUCCUUAAGCAGGACUGGUGGUAUUGCCUUUCUUACUGCAGUAGCUUUGGAUCGCUAUCUCAAGGUAGUUCACCCUCGUUUCAAGAUCAACAGCUUCUCAAUUCAGACAGCCAAGUUCAUCUCUGCUUUAGUCUGGCUUCUGGUGGUGGUACUGAUUCACCCAAGCCUGGUGACUUCCAGAAUUGGGAAAAAUGCUACUGAGUGCCACAGUUUCUACCCCAUGGAAGACAUCACUUUUGGUGGCACUUGGCAGGAAGUGGUGUUCUUUCUUCAGUUUCUUCUUCCCUUCAGUCUCAUCCUGUUCUGCAACAUUCGCAUCAUUAGGAUACUCCAGCAGCGGCUCCAGCAAGACAAACAGCCCAAGCUUCACAGGUCUAUGGUGUUAGUCACCACAGUGGUAGUGCUCUUUGGGAUUUGCUUUCUGCCUAGCUUUCUGGCUAGGAUACUCAUGACCAUCUUCCAAAGGUCAGAAAACUGCUGGACUCUUCAGGUGAUAAUUCAUAUAUGUGAUGUCACUAACAGCCUCACCUAUGUUAACAGUGUCCUCAACCCAAUAGUAUACUGUUUUUCAAAUCCAGUGUUCAGAUAUUCAUAUAGGAAAGUCUUUAAUACAAUAAGAGGAAAAACAAAGAAACUGCAAUCUGAGUUUUGAUCCCAAAGAUUCAUGUUGUAGUGGAUAGAGUACAGAACUUCGAGUUAGGAGCACCUGGGUUUGAAUCCUACCUCAUAUAUUGACUGGAUGACUCUGGGUAAAUCAUUUAAACUUUCUGUACCUCACUUUCCUCACCUAUUAAAAUGGGAUAAGAGUUCUACUUCAUAGACUGGUUGUGAAGAUACAGUUUAAUAAGGUACUUGAAGCAUUUUGUGAAUCUUAAAGUUUUAUAUAAAUGUGAACUAUGAAUAUUAAUGAAGAUAACUGGAGAAUUCUGCUGAGAUAUCUCUGCACAAAUCAGGACAAAGACUUAUUUCUGCCUCUGCUCAUGUGAAGCCAAAGAGGGAAUGCUUAUUUAAUGUGAGCAGCAUUUUUCUGUACUUCAAUUUUUACCAGAUUUUAAUCCCUGCUGCUUUACAAUCCACUGGAGGAUAAUCAGAAUUAACAAAUUAAACCUUCCAGUAUAGCCUAGAUUAAGCUAUAACAAAGUGGCUUGAUUGAUCUAGUUCUGAAUCUGAAAGAAGCUCUUGAUUCUCUACUAAAUAAUGGAUUUUCUGUUUGACCAUAGGCAAGUGAUUUUGAUUUUCAAGUUCUCUAGCUCUACAAUGGAAAAAAAAGAUAAGCAGAAGAGAGAAUCCUAUUUUUUAAUCAUAGAGAAGAGAUGUAGUAAGAAGUAAUAUGGUAAAAAUCUAUAUGGUUUUGAAAAGAGGUUCUAAGAAUAUUUUCAAGAUUCAGAUUUACCUAAAUCUUUGAAUGAUUAAAAAUAGGUAGAAAAUGUUAUAACUACUUUGUCCUAUUACUAUGGUAAUCAUAUUCUUAAACUUAUUUGGUUUCCUAAUUUCUUCCUAAGAAGAUCUUCCUUUUCAAGUACCAGAAAUGUAUCCUUCGAAUAGAAAAUUAAGUUUGUUUUAAUGCCCAUGAAUUUUAUUGGGCUUCCCCUGGCUUAAUAAGAAGAGAAGCACUUUAGAACUAUUGUGAGGUAUAAACAAAGAAAGAACUAAAUUAAGAAGAAUGAACUAAAUUACCAAAAAUAAAUGACUAAGAAGAAUGAACUAAAUUGGUUAAUUUCUAGCUUAUUUUUUCACACAAUAGUUAUGCAGAUAGCUGAGCAUGCCAGAUAUUCCAGGAGGUAUCUAUACAUGUUUAGAAUUUAUUGUGUAUGAUAAUAUUUGUGUUUCACAGUUAUUUUUUCUUCAAUUCCCUUAAUAUCAGAGAUAACUCUACUAUGUUCUAAUCUCAUUUCCCAACAUCUAUUGCAAUUCUAUAGUGUAUGUUGGUAUAUAAAGGGAUUCAGAAACUCCUUUGCUAAUUGUCUCUUCUCUCAUACUCCAAUCCAAAUUACAGAAGUGGUUAGAGUCAGAGGAAUGUUAAAAUAAAGUAGAAGAGAGGCAGGAGUGUAAUUUUCAUACCCACCAAAGCAGAUCUUUAUUUCAAAAGCCCUUCCUGGGCCAGGUGCAUGUGUUGCAUGUACUGUGCUACCGUGAGCAGAUGGCAGCAUUCAAAAGAAAGGAAAUGUGUGAAGCUUUAUGCAAAGGAAAAAGGGGAUCCCAGACCUUUAACUACAUAAUCAGAAAGCAAUCUUCUCAAAAACUUAAUUUGCAAGUUAAAUAUGUUGUUUUUUGCUGCUGAGAUAUGUCAAAUGCUGCUUAAUCUUGGGACCUUAUGUAUCCAACAGUGUCCAGGAGAAAGUGCCAUCUGCCUCAACUGUAUAAAUAUCCUUUGAUCCAACCAUAUUACUCCUAGAAAAGUAUCUAUAUGCACACAUAGAUAGAGCAACUGUUUUCAAAGUAGCAAAAAGUGGAAACAAAGGACAUAUUUAUCAGGCAAUAGAAGAACAAAUUUGGCAUGGGGAUAUAGUGCAGGAAUACUGGGCAAUAAGAAAUAAAAUAGAUGGUUUCAGAGAAAUGUGGAAAGACAUAUAUUGGUACAAAGUGAAUUCACUAGAAUUGGAUAACAAUUCAUGCAAUAACAGCAACAUUAUCAAGAAAAACAGCUUUGAAAAACUUCAGAACUCAUAAUAAUGCAAUGACAAAUCAUAAUUGGCAGAAGAAUUAAGAUGAAGCAUGCUACCUACCUCCUGACAGAAAGGUAAC